UGGCCCUUUAUAUACGACUCCACUUCGUUCUCUUUUCCCUCAUCACCAUCUCAUUUGCGUUUCAGCAAAAUCUCACUCUCAUUUGCAUGAUCGGUCACUCUCUCAUUUCCAUUUCCCAUUAGCUCUUUCAUACUCAUUUUCGUCUCAAAUUCUGUGGAUUGAGAUGGCGUCUAACGGUGACGGAGAUUUCAGCUUCGCGACUGGGAACGGCCCGGCGGCGGUGACGAACGGCAACGGAGCGGCGAGGAACGGGCUGGCGAAGAUCCAUACGACGCCGAAGAACGGGAAUGGGGUGUGCCACGACGACAGCUCGGCGACGGUGAAGGCUCAGACCAUCGACCAGCUUCAUUCGCUGCAGAAGAAGAAGUCGGCACCGACGACACCCAUCAAGGGCACUCAGGGAGACUUUGCUGUGGCUCUCUCCGAGGAGGAACGCCAGAUGCAGCAGCUCCAGUCCAUCAGUAACUCUCUGGCUUCGCUGACGAGAGGGACUGGACCAAAGGUUGUGAGAGGAGACCCUGCCCAGCAGUCUCCUCAUCAUACCCCGAAGGUGUCAUCGCACCACCAUCAUUUCACUCCCACCAUCAGCGUCAGUGACAGUGCCCUCAAGUUCACCCAUGUCCUCUACAACCUCUCUCCUGCUGAGCUAUAUGAGCAGGCGAUAAAUAACGAAAAGGGGUCGUUCGUUACGUCAACAGGCGCAUUAGCAACACUUUCUGGAGCCAAGACAGGUCGGUCUCCAAGAGAUAAACGCGUCGUCAAGGAUGAGACCACAGAAGAGGAGCUUUGGUGGGGAAGGGGUUCACCGAACAUUGAGAUGGACGAGCACACUUUCAUGGUCAACAGGGAAAGAGCUGUGGAUUACCUGAAUUCUUUGGACAAGGUCUUUGUAAAUGACCAAUACUUGAACUGGGAUCCAGAAAACAGAAUCAAAGUGCGGAUUGUCUCUGCCAGGGCUUAUCAUUCUUUGUUCAUGCACAACAUGUGUAUCCGACCCAGUCCUGAAGAGCUGGAGAAUUUUGGUACUCCGGACUUCACUAUUUACAAUGCUGGUCAGUUCCCGUGUAAUCGUUACACCCACUAUAUGACAUCCUCCACUAGCAUAGAUCUUAAUCUUGGUAGGAAGGAAAUGGUCAUCCUCGGCACCAUGUAUGCCGGGGAAAUGAAGAAAGGCCUUUUCAGUCUCAUGCAUUAUCUCAUGCCUAAGCGACAAAUCCUAUCCCUACAUUCUGGCUGCAAUAUGGGGAAAGAUGGAGAUGUCGCACUCUUCUUUGGAUUGUCAGGUACUGGGAAGACAACUCUGUCUACUGAUCACAAUAGAUACCUAAUUGGAGAUGAUGAACACUGUUGGACUGAGAAUGGUGUAUCAAAUAUCGAAGGUGGUUGCUAUGCCAAGUGUAUUGAUCUCUCGAGGGAGAAAGAACCUGACAUUUGGAAUGCCAUCAAGUUUGGUGCUGUGUUGGAAAAUGUCGUGUUUGAUGAGCAUACUCGAGAAGUGGAUUAUUCUGACAAAUCUGUUACAGAGAAUACUCGGGCAGCCUACCCCAUUGAGUACAUUCCCAAUGCAAAAAUACCGUGUGUUGGUCCUCAUCCGAAGAAUGUGAUACUUUUGGCAUGUGAUGCAUUUGGUGUGCUCCCACCUGUGAGCAAGUUAAACCUGGCACAGACCAUGUACCAUUUCAUUAGUGGCUAUACUGCACUGGUUGCUGGAACUGAAGAGGGCAUUAAGGAGCCACAGGCAACAUUCUCGGCUUGCUUUGGUGCUGCAUUUAUAAUGUUGCAUCCAACGAAGUAUGCAGCAAUGCUUGCUCAGAAAAUGCAGCAGCAUGGUGCAACUGGAUGGCUGGUCAACACUGGCUGGUCUGGUGGAAGGUAUGGUUCGGGAAAGCGCAUUAAGCUACCCUACACCAGGAAAAUCAUUGACGCCAUACACUCUGGCAGCCUCUUGAAUGCAAAUUACAAGAAGACUGAAGUGUUUGGACUUGAGAUCCCCACUGAGAUUGAGGGAGUGCCUUCAGAAAUACUGGAUCCAGUGAACACUUGGUCGGACAAGAAUGCAUACCAGGAAACACUCCUGAAGUUGGCUGGUCUAUUUAAGAACAACUUUGAGACUUUCACAAACUACAAGAUUGGCAAGGACAACAAGCUGACUGAAGAAAUUCUCGCUGCUGGUCCGAAUUUCUAGUGAAGUAGUAGUCAUUUUAUUUUUUUCUCUUUUGGUUGAAAAUAAGAUUGAUAGUAGUCAUUGUAUUCUUUUUUCUUUUGGUAGAAAUGAUCCUUUGUUCAAGUAGGAGCAGUUGUGUUAUAAUUGUUCAGUAGAUGAGCAAAAUGAUCCUUUGUAGCUCCAACUAUCUAAUAAUGAAAGAUCGUUCCUUCUGUCUUA